CUCUCUCCCUCUUUUUAAAGGAGCUCGUGAAAUAAAAGUGCAGAAAACAAACCGAAGGAUCACAGCAGCAGCCGCAGCGACAGCAGCAGCAGCAGGAGGAGGAGGAGGAGAAAGAGGAGGAGGAGGAGGAGGAGGAGGCAAAGUUGGAGUGGGGCAGGCGCUGCGGAGUUGCCGGGCUCCGCGCAGCUCCCAUUCAUUAAGUAGCCAGCUGCGGAGGAAGGUGGCCGGGCGCCCGCGCUGCCCACUCGCUACCUCGCGCACGCACACACACACACACACACACACACACACACACACACACACACACACACACACACAUACGCCAGACCAGCGCUCUCCAAGCAGCGCCGCUCUGCAAAAGUUCCUGCUCGGGAUUUGGCUCUCUUCCCCUUGGACUUUCGAACGACUUGGGAGUUGAGGGAGGAAAGCAGAGGCGCCCAGGGGGAGCAGAAAACUGCACCGUGUGCAGCUGGAAACAGGCAGCCGGGCUGCACUCUUGGCGGCCGCUCCCCGAACCCAGCCGAUCCGCCACUCUCCGGAGCAGCCCGGCCAGAAAGGCGACCCGGGCGUCUGAGUGUGUGGCUGAAGUCGUGGGGUGUCUUCCCGGGGCUGGAGGCUCGCUCCGCAGCCAGCGCCAUGCAAAACUACAAGUACGACAAGGCGAUCGUCCCGGAGAGCAAGAACGGCGGCAGCCCGGCGCUCAACAACAGCCCGAGGAAGAGCGGCAGCAAGCGGGUGCUGCUCAUCUGCCUCGACCUCUUCUGCCUCUUCAUGGCGGGCCUGCCCUUCAUCAUCAUCGAGACAAGCACCAUCCAGCCUUACCAUCGAGGGUUUUAUUGUAGUGAUGAGAGCAUCAAGUACCCACUGAAAACCGGAGAGACGAUCAAUGACGCCGUGCUCUGUGCGGUGGGGAUUGUCAUUGCCAUCCUUGCGAUCAUCACAGGAGAAUUCUACCGGAUCUACUACCUGAAGGAGAAGUCUCGGUCAGCAGUUCAGAAUCCCUACGUGGCAGCCCUCUAUAAGCAAGUGGGCUGCUUCCUCUUUGGCUGUGCCAUCAGCCAGUCCUUCACAGACAUUGCCAAAGUGUCCAUAGGACGUCUGCGCCCUCACUUCUUGAGUGUCUGCAAUCCCGACUUCAGCCAGAUCAACUGCUCCGAGGGCUACAUUCAGAGCUACAGAUGCAGAGGCGAUGACAGCAAGGUGCAGGAAGCCAGGAAGUCCUUCUUCUCUGGCCACGCCUCCUUCUCCAUGUACACUAUGCUGUAUCUGGUGCUAUACUUGCAGGCCCGCUUCACCUGGAGAGGUGCCCGCCUGCUUCGACCCCUCCUGCAGUUCACCUUGAUCAUGAUGGCCUUCUACACGGGACUGUCCCGGGUAUCCGACCAUAAGCACCAUCCUUCUGAUGUCCUGGCAGGAUUUGCUCAAGGAGCCCUGGUGGCCUGCUGCAUAGUAUUCUUCGUGUCAGACCUCUUCAAGACUAAGACGACACUCUCCCUGCCUUCGCCUGCCAUCAGGAAGGAGAUCCUUUCACCUGUGGACAUUAUUGACAGGAACAAUCACCACAACAUGGUGUAGGUGCUGCCCGCCUCCUGAGCUGGUUUUUUUUUUUUUUUUUUUGUACAAUGACUGCUGACAGCAAGUUCUUGCUGCUCUCCAAUCUCAUCAGACAGUAGAAUGUAGGGAAAAACGUUUUUGCCCAACUGAUUUUUGAAAAGGAAAAAAAAAAAAAAAAAGUCUUACCUUGUGGCCUUCCAAAAUAGGUAGCGUUCACCUAUGUGGAAUCAACAGCAAACUAACACCAAGUGCCGGAGUCCUGGAUGUGCAGUUGGUUUAAGUGUUCAUGUUCUAGUGAGCACGGGCCUGUCCCACCACAAACACUAAAAUGAUUUUGAGUCUUCUGGUCACCUUUGGUGACCUGAGAAUCCCAGGCCUGUGAGAAAAGUGCAAACUCAACGUUGUAGCACACCACGCCAGAAUUAGCACUGAAUCCACAAYCUAGCCUUGGGGAACUCCCCUCUUGCAUUCCCCCUUCUCAUCCACUCUCUUCUCUACUGUGACUUUGGUUCAGAAAAUUUUGUUUUCUUAAAUCUAAGGAAUGAGCAUAUUUGCUCAGUCAAGUGGUCAAGAUCCCUAAUCCUUAGAAUUUUCUAUCACAGCUCCCGACCCCUGCACAGUCCACAGGCCCACAACCAUGGUCCCUCACUUUAGAGAUUAGAAGACUCUUUGUGGGAUGAGUGAACUUCACAAAUAGCACAAUUUCAGAAGAAAUGGAGGGUCCAGGCCUCCAUUUGUCUUCUUUUGACUCAUCGUCCUGUGAUGUUGGGAUGUCGAUCACAGGAUGCUGAUGUUGUACACGUCAAUCACCGGGCACUUGCACACUCUUAGAAACGGUUAGACUUCGGUUACUGCCAUCUCCCUUGAAAUCCGGGGUUUCCUAUGAGUGUCCAGAGAUGAGCAAGGGCAUGGUCGGCCUCUGGCUGAUGCAAAACAGCCUUCUGGACAGGAGA